UGACGUUGACUAAGGAAAGAACAGCAAGAACAACAACAACAACAACAGCAACAUGGCGGCCAUAUUCAAGCUGGUGAUCAUGGUGUUCCUGCUGUGCCUGGUGUCGUGUGGCAUGGGGCUCCCUGACCCCGACCCACAACGCUUCCACCACCAUCACAGGGGCGGCGGACAUAGGCAUGGGGGCGGCAUCUUCGGGCACGGCGGCGGCUUCGGGCACGGCGGCGGCUUCGGGCAUGGCGGCGGCUUCGGGCACGGCGGCGGCUUCGGGCAUGGCGGCGGCUUCGGGCAUGGCGGCGGCUUCGGGCACGGCGGCGGUCAUAGGCACGGCUGA